CUGUGUAAUGGUCAUACUGAGCACGGCUGGUGUUACACACACACAGGCUGUGGGAGUAAACACAAAUACCUCACGAUUUUCGUCCAAAUUCUGCAUUUCAGCUCAACAGCCCCUGUUUUUCAAGUCGUAAGUGUUCCCCAGAGUCGCAGCCCUGCAUUCCAAAAAGGAAGACGAGUACUUCACCAUGAGCUCAGACGAUGGUGACAUGGAGAACCAGGCUGAGCUGGAAGAGAAGACGAGGCUCAUCAACCAGGUGUUGGAGCUUCAACACACUUUAGAGGACCUGUCUGCCAGAGUGGACGCUGUCAAAGAGGAGAACCUGAAACUGAAGUCUGAGAACCAGGUUCUGGGUCAGUACAUUGAGAACCUCAUGUCUGCCUCCAGUGUCUUCCAGACCACUGACACCAAGAGCAAACGAAAGUAAGGAGAACCUCUGAGAGCCUAGACCUAAUAAUCCCACUCACAUUCCAUAACCUGAACCCAAAGCAUCCUGGAAGACUGGACUCUAAUAGUCGACACCAUGGACCCUUCUAUACUGCCUGAGUCUAAAACAUGUUUCUGAGCAAAGAUGGGUGUUUGCUGUGUGCACUAGGAGGCAGUGUUGUGUUUAUCAAAUCAGGAUGUACACGGAAGAGAAAAGACGGCUGUUUAUCAGUCCUGGUAGAUCAGUCAGAAAACAAAGGGCCACAUUUUUGAUGGGCUCAACUUACCGGCACAUGCACACAACUGGUUUUGAAAUGUAAAAGUUGAAAAGUUGUGUGAGCUGUGGUUACUCCUCGUUGCAUAUGAAUGCAAAUAAGUAUCUUUGUAGAAGCAUGCUUUGACUUUAGUCAGCUGCAACUCAGACUUCCUCUUUCAUCCCAAACAUCUGCGAUUCCAGGAACCUGAGCACUGAGCAACACCUGACCCGUCUCUUAACAGGUGGUCGUAAAUUUGCUUUUGUCCAGUUCCCAAAUUUUGUACCAGUUACAAAUGUACAGAGGGGUUGUGAGGGAACAGCAGCCAGUAGUUUUUACAAAGCUCUCCUACUUUGCUAUGAGCGUUUACAUUUGGGCUAAAUUGUGGUUGUUGAUUAAAAUUGGAUUGAUACCUAAAUCAAGUGCACAUUUAAAGCCGUUUCAUACCGAGCAUGGAUUUUUGACCGGAAAAAUUUGGAAAUUUAUAAAAGCUGAUAUUCUGGAUUCCUGUAAGUGCUUGCACACCCCCAAGGAAUAUUAGGCGCAGGAAAAAAUAUUCAGACUGACUUCGAUUUCAGCAGAUUUCCACCUGCGAAAAAUAUACGUAACCAAUGAAAUCCUUUGUUCCAACUGUUGUCAUACCUCCAGGCCAUAGCUAGCUUGCUGCCAAAAUGGGGGAACAUCUAAUUAAUUUGCUUUCUCAACACCCAUUAUCGUACAACAAAUAUUGCGACGACUACCUCAACAACCAAAUAAAGGACAGUGAAUGGCUUGCUCAGCAGCUGAAAUACAAGGAUGGUAAUGUAGCUGAUAUAUAUAACGUUACAUGUUCAUCACAGAAUGGGGCUAGGUACAACAGCUAGCAUUAGCAUAACAUUUUGGGUCUGAUUAGGGUAUGUAAUGUGUAGCUAAUGUUAGCCGUCUGGAUGGGUUUUGGUUGUGUGGAGUGGACGCUGGCACCAUUUAGGAGGAAACUCUUUGGGCCUCAUUUUUGAAAAUGAAAGACUUCACUGAGGAUAAUUUACACCAGACCCAGUGUGUCGUGUCAAUUUCGCAUUGCAGCGGUGAGAAACGGCUUUAAAUUUGUUUAGGGGUUAUUUUGUGCGGUAAAUGGUGGCAGAGUUGACUCAGUAGUCAGAGCUGAUUAAAUAUAAACAUUCACAACAAUGAACAAAAUAUGAAUCAAACAAAUUGAGGAAAUGUGCGCAGGGCUGAAAAACACAUUAUGACAUGAUGAUUGCUUUUUUUGGACAUUUUAGAGGUUUAGAUACCAUGCAAAUGGCGAUUUGGAGGUAAAUUCUUAUGCUGCGUUUGUUAUAACAUUUCCAAAAUCCUUUGUACCCCAUGCCGCACUCUAAUAGCCAUCUGUACAUGCAACACAUAUUCCAGUGAGACAAGGCAGCUAACAGCAGUAAUAAAGCUAACCCAGACUACACAAAGUUAGCUGUACAGGUAGUGAAAAAUGAACUGUAUCCAUUUCGCAAACUAAUUACAGACAGCAUGGGUUAAAAGCACAGAGCCCCACUCACAUGAUUAACAUUAGCAUUAAAGAGAUCUGUUAGUGAUGUGGAUAUGGGUAUUAUAGCAGUAAUGCUAUUAUUGAUCUGAAAGACGUAUAAACUUUUCAAUAUUUAGUAGACAGCAUAAACAGUAACGGUGUGUCUUACCUGUUUUUCCUCGACAGGUCCUGUGCAAAGCUAUUCACCGCUUUAUUAAAAACAGAUUGCUAUAUGCUAAUAGCUAAUUCUGCCCCCUGAACGUACAGGGAGGUUUCCUUCUUGGGAUAUUUACGUACAUCUGUCAUGCAUUGCUUGUGCAGUUUAUGUAGUUAAUAUCAGAAAAUCAACUCUUUAUACAAGCUGUCAGUCAUUUCCCUUAGUUUUCUGUUUCCUCCAUCUCACAGAUGAUGAUAAUAUUCAUCAUCAAGGAGAAUAUGUCCACAGUCCAGAUAAUGUUGAGUUUCUCUCAAAGCCAUGCUCCCAGAUCUUAUUGGCCCCCAGGCACACACACGCACACACAUACACUGAAAAAAGAAAUUCCAAUGCUCAACCCCUUCCAAUUUUUGAGUUACAAUGUUUGUGUUACACUUUCCUUUUCUCCUCGGGGCUUAAGGGCUUGAUUCAAACACAAUUUUUCUCAGUGUUUGUUGAUGGGAAGCUGGUGAGGGAUCAUGUCUUUGUCACUGCACUAGAGACUCAUAUCGGCUUUUCACACGGCAUUCUCUUAGCCUCAGCUAAUGUAGCCCAUUUUUACUUACACAUUGUUUACCAAGGGUCAACCUAAGCCCAGGGCUAUACAACUCACUUUCACUAUCCCAGGGCUAAAUGUUUGUUUGAACACAUAAUGCAUGUUAACAUUCUAACAUGCUAUUGUUUACUUAGCCUUGUUUCUCACACUGGCAACUUUUAGCCCCAGGUGAAGUCCAUACUCAGGAGAUAACCCUGCAAACUCGGGGCUAACUCUGCUCCAGAGCAGGCUAAAGUUGGCACACUUAGCAUGUGCCAGGAUUGUGCCAGUGUGAUUUUUUUUUUUUUGUUUGUUUUUUAUUCAGUUCAAUUCGAUUUUAUUUAUAAAGCCCAAUAUCACAAAUCACAAUUUGCAUCAAAGGCAGCAUACAACACCCCUCUGUCCUUCAACCCUUACAGUGGAUAAGGGAACCCCCCCCCCCCCCCCAGCCUGGGGCUAAGGACAGUGUGAAAAGUCUACUACUGGCUGGUUGGGGUGUCUGCAUUGAGACACCUGGUGACAUCAUAUGAAAAGACACGCAUGUCUGCUCCCUCCCUAACAGUGUAGUUAGGACUGACAAGGAGCUCAGCACAGAAGAAACUGGCUUUUUAAACUUGGGGAGAAUAAUAAAAUGUUCCUUUUGUUAUUUAUCAGUCAGUAUUGCAGCUAUUGCCAUAGAUAGAGUAGAUAGUGUUUUUGUUGAUAUAAAAUGGCUUUAUUGUUACUGCUUCUAACCUCUCUAAAGAGAGGCAGAUCUAAAGGUCCCACUCCUUUGUCAUUUCACUACAGUGUCACUUUUUUUGUUGCCAUUUUGUUGCUGCUUUUUGCAAGUUUGCAAGGGAGUAAAUUACACUACUUAAAUGGCGACUGUUGCAGUUUGUAGCUGAGACCAUGUGUCAAUUUUUAUUUGAACUCAAAGAAUCGUGUGUAUAUGCUAAUUGUUAAACUUAAAACGUCUAGUUUAGCCUCUCAAUAAAUCAGUAACAAAUAUGCAUACUGUAUUUAUGCAUUUAGAUCAAACACAUCUAUGAAGUCUUGAAAUCUCUUUAACCCUGAUGCAUUUGUACAUUGUUUACAUAUGAUUGUUUUAUGUUGCUAAUUUGAAAUGACUUUAGUUUAAUAAAGUGAUGAUCCUUUUUGAUGAAAUGUUUCAGUGAUGUUUCCUAAAACUUAUAAUCUGUUUCAUAUUUCUCGUGCUCACAGAGUCACUAAGGGUGCUCGGAAGGACAAGUGACCCACUGCUUUGCCCUCUGCAUUUUCAGUCUUGGUAUAUAUACCGUAUAUACAGGCGGGUGUCAAAUUAAAGGAAACGUAAGAAGAAAUUAGAGACAUAAAAAAAUGCAGCUAGGAAGUGUCUGUUCAUCCCUCCAUUAGAGCUCCACACACUAUGUAUGAAUCCAUGACGGGGAGCACUGAAGCAAAAACUUAAUAACACACUUUGUCUUAUUUUUUAUGUUUUUCCUUUCAUUUGUCACCCACCUGUCAGUUUCUGUGGUAGACACAAUCUAAACUGGUGUAGUCAUUGAUUGAAUGAUUCCACACAGGACAUUGGUUUCUCUAUAUGCAACUAAUGCAUAUGCUCUGGUUUCCCAGGAACAUCUUAAUAUCAACAUGUUUGUUACCUGAGAGAGACCCUGUUAAGAUGUUUGGAAACUGGGUGUCACUUAUAGACUGUUUCAAACUGGACAACAUAAACAUUCUAAAUAGGUCCCUUUGUAUUUCCUGUUUGAAUGUAUGUUAAUGCUGAAGCUGACAGGAAGUAAACAGGGACCAAAGUUGUUGCCCUAGCAACAGAAUAGCAACGAAACGGUCCAUAGGCUGUAGGUGCAGCAGUGGUGUGUAUUAUGGAGCAUGUUCUAGGGUUGGGUGAUAUAGAAAAAGUCAAAUAGGCCUACCUCAAUAUUUUUGAGCAAAUACCUCAAUAUUGUGACUAUAUUGAAGGGUUGACUAUUGGUGCUUUUACAAAAUAUUUACACAAUGAGAUUUUUGAUAAAUAAUCAGCAGUAAUAUGAAUAUAAUGACUAAGUGGGUAAAGGAAAAUAAUAGAGCAGCAGAACGUCUUACCAGAACAGUCUGAAAACACUGUAACGUAGCCUUUAAAACCAGGACACCUAUUAUAUGCAAAAUGUAAGAUAUUGAGAUAUUUAGUCUCAUAUCACAGUAUCAAUAUAAUGUCAAUAUAUUGCCCAGCCCUAUCCUGCUCC